GGGAAGGGCGUCUCCGCCUGCCUUUAUGGCUUGUUGACAGUCGACCAACAAUAUAUUCACGGAUGAAAUCAUUCGUUUAGCAAUCCGCAAACAGAUGCUUUUUUGUGAAACUCCAUACAAGGUGUUUGAUUAACAGAGUGUUGGAUCAACUCACCGUGCACGCAGGCGAAGACACAGCGAGGUAGAAGGGCUUAACGAAAACAACUAACACAGAAAAACACAGAAAAAAACGAUGAAACAGCAACAUAAAGCAACAUUAUGGCAAGUAGCAUUCUUCUUGUUCAUCGUCAAACAAGUCUGCUCUUUUACCGCGUCAGAUCCAUGGUCAGAUAAAAGAAAAGUAUCUAGCAUUUCUUCAAAUUCGAAGCUAAAAGCAUCAAAUGAAGAGUUCUCCAUCAAACUUUACUCGUUGUUAGCGGAUGGAAAUGGAAGUAAUCUGGUUUUCUCCCCUUUGAGCAUCUAUACCGCUCUGGCAAUGCUAAGAACCGGUGCCAAGAGUAAAUGCAAAAAGCAAAUGGAGGAUGUCUUGGGGUUCUCGAAUAUAACUGACAUUGACACAGUUUUGAAAGAACUAUCGGACAAUUUGCACGAAGAGAGUCACAACCUUGAAAUCUCAAAUAAAGCAUGGCUGCAAAAGUGGUUUUGUUUCACACAAUGCCGUAAGUUCGUCAGACAGAUCAAAGGCUUAUUUCACUCUGAACUCGAGGAAGUAAAUUUUUAUGGGGAUGCAGAAAAAGCAGUUACAACCAUCAAUCGAUGGGCAUAUAACAGGUCCAAGGGCAGAAUACAGAAUCUUAUUCAGAAAGAGAAAAUCAGUUGGAAUACUAGGCUUAUUCUUACUAACGUGAUUUUUUUCAAGAAUGGCUGGAAACAAAUGUUUUUACCGAAAUAUACACGACAAGAGCCAUUCGAAGCUUUAGUCAACAACAAACCUGUCCACAAGGCAGUGCCAACCAUGUUCACUUUUGGUAUGUUUCGCUUUUUCGACGGCCAUCAGGGCGCCUUCGGGGCAGUCGAGCUUCCAUAUAAAGACGAGAACUUCGCAAUGAUUAUUUUAUUACCACAUUCAGCCAGUAGUUUUGUUGAUGUUGAGAAGUCAAUUAGUUCUAGCCUGAUUACUAAUGUCCUAGAAGGUCUCAAAAGUCAACAGGAACGGGACGUUUUGCUCUCCAUGCCGAAAUUUAGUAUAGCCGCUGCGCUUACGCUAAAUGGUGUUUUGAAGACGAUGGGCAUCACUGAUGUUUUCGACAGGGACCUCGCUGAUUUAAGUAACAUACUUGGAUUCAAAGGGAUGUUCGUUUCUGAUGUCAGACACGAGACCGUGUUGAAAAUCGAUGAGCGUGGAACCGAGGCUGCUGGUGGCUCCGCCGUAUCUAGUGGUGACUUGAAUUUGUCAGAAUUCAUAAUGAACAGACCAUUUAUAUUCUUUAUCAGACAUGGACCCACUAACAGCAUUGUAUUUAUGGGGAAAGUCACCGAUCCGUCGUCAUUAUAAUGUUGACCUAUAUAUUUAGUUAAGUUACACAAGAUCUUUUA